UAGUGUCGGUAAAAAUAAUAAGUGUAUAUUAAGUAAUUUCUAUGAAAAAUGAGUGAAGUUACAGUCCUAUACGAAGGAUAUUCCAAAAUGACCGGCAAAGAUCAAAUGACAGCCAACUGUAGCUGCACAUUAAUCACAGGCACACACAAUGUUGUUGUUGAUACCAUGACCGCUUGGGACACUCAGAAAAUUACCACUGCCUUACAGAAACACAAUGUGUCCCCAGAUGAUAUAAACUAUGUUGUGAGCACACAUGGUCACUCGGAUCACAUAGGAAAUAACAAUUUGUUCCUCAAUGCAAAACACAUAGUUGGCUUCAGUGUGUCUUUCAGAGAACAGUACUACAUGCAUCCCUUUGAUAAAGGGGUAGAGUAUACUAUAAAUGAUAGUGUUAAAGUCGUCCCAACCCCUGGACAUACAUUGUCAUGUGUCACAGUGCUUGUCACAACUGCAGAGGGAAGAGUUAUAGCAAUCUGUGGUGACCUGUUUGAAAAUUAUGAAGACAUAGAUAAUCCAAAUGUUUGGCUGGAAGCUGGCAGCGAUGACCCGGUGCAGCAAAUGAAGAACAGACUCAAAGUUGUCGAGGUUGCAAAUUGGGUAAUUCCAGGACAUGGGCCAAAGUUCCAUGUCACUGAGCAAAUUAGGAACUCUUUGAGGAAACAGGCAGGUAAUGCACCAGUGUAAUUAGUUUUUAGUUCACCCUGAGCCACAAUUUAGUAACAAUUACUAUGAAUAUGUGGCAAAGAAACCCACUUCCUUGCUUUGGGA